GUUCGGAAUCGCGAAUGUCCGACAUCGUACAACCUUACAUUAUACGAGAGUACGAUCAACGCUUAGCUCGACCUGCAAGAGUGUGAAACCCUGCUCUCUCGUACCGGCGAUACCGCAUUGGGCCAGCGUGUUAAACACUUAUAGUAGGCCAAGUCAUCUGAGGAAGCUUAGUCCACGAUCUCGACUGGUGAGGCCCGGAGCUUAAAUCUAACCUUUUAUUGACUCUACGCGGGAUAUAGAACGUCCACUUGGACUCUGAAAGACUGCCACAAGAUCAGAGCGCUCUUCCAAAGCUCAGUGAGACGGACCGAUUACAGACCAUGGCGCCACGUUUCCGCGCCGACCAAGUAGGCUCUCUCAUCCGACCACAAGCUCUACUAGAUGCCCACAAGACUCUGUCAAAAGGCGCAGCUCCCGGGACUAACUCCACCGAAGACGACAAGAAAAAGCUACAACUAGCGACAGCCAGCGCCAUCGCAGCCGUCGUCCAAAAGCAACUCGAUCUCUCCAUCCGCCCCAUCACUUCCGGCGAGUACGAGCGCACCGUCUUUUUCGAAGGCUUCUUCGAAAAGCUGCGUGGCAAUGAGCUUCGCGACGUCCGUGUACCCGAGGACUUCCGCCCCAAUAUGCCGACUUCGGAUGCUUUGGAGAAGGCAGGCAUAAAGACAACAUCUGCGUCUGUGGCUACAGGGAAGAUUAAGCAUGUCGAGCCCGCCUAUCUGCAGGUGUGGGAGUUGUUGAAGAAAAGUGUUCCAGAGGAGAAGUGGAAAGAGUGUAAGAUUGCGCUGCCGUCGCCGGCGUGGAAUCAUAUCUGGCUGUCGAAGGGGUUGGCGUACACUCCAGAUGUGUAUGCCUCGGAUCGGGAGUUCUUCGCUGACCUGACGGUUGCUUACCGUACCGAGUUCAAGAUUCUGUAUGAGGCUGGACUGCGGAAUGUGCAGAUCGAUGAUCCGCAGCUGUUGUUCUUCAUCUUGGACAGCUUUAAAGAUGGCUUGAGGAGUGAGGGGGUCGAUCCGUCUGAGUUGCUUGAUACUUACAUCUGGGCGUUGAAUGAGGUUGUGAGAGACCGUCCUAAGGAUAUGUACGUUGGGAUCCAUGUCUGCAGGGGAAACAUGCCGGGGUCGGUGGCUGGAUUCCUCGAAGGCUCGUACGAAAAUAUCGCGGAAAGGUUGUUUCGCGAACUCGACUAUGAUACUUUCUAUCUUGAAUUCGACGAUGCUAGAUCGGGGAGCUUCGAGCCAUUGCGUUUCUUGCCUCGAGGAAAGAACGUCACGCUGGGAUUGAUAUCCACGAAGACGUCGGAGUUGGAAAGCCUAGAAGAGUUAAAGAAACGUGUUUAUGAUGCAGCUGAAGUUAUUGCUUCUGGACAAAACAGGUCAGCAGAGGAAGUCCUGCAGGACUCACUGGCAGUCAGUCCGCAGUGCGGAUUUGCGAGUGCGCACCAUGGAAAGAAUGUCGGGAAUGAAGAGCGUAUGUGGGACAAGCUAGUUCUUGUUCGUGAUUUGGCAACUAGCAUUUGGGGGGACACAGCCUGAGGAGUUCGUUCGCAACACCAUGCUCAUUUAUACAACACCAUGAAUCAACUUGUACCACGUGUAACAUACACAGC